UUCAAUUACCGACUAUUUGAUAGCUAACAGCUGUGCGUCGCGAUAUUUUUAAUCUGCUUUGUAAAUAUUUCCUCGAUGUGAACUUGAAAAGCUCAGAAGCGAAUCAAUUCCAGUACAAUUAACUAAUUUUAGUUUACGCUGGGCUGAGCAAUGACUGUGAAUCACAUUGUGAUAGGUGGUGGAACGGGGUUCAUAGGAACCGCAUUGGUCAAUGCUUUUAAACAGCGAGGCUUCUGUCCAAUUAUAAUAUCUCGUAUGCCAGGACCGUUUCGCAUGUCUUGGCAUGAUCUUGAGCGUGAUGGUCUACCAAAGAAUACGACUGCAGUGGUGAAUGUUGCAGGACAGAAUAUACUUGAUCCAACCCAAAGGUGGACUCCUGGAUUCAAGCAAAAUAUAUGGAACAGCAGAGUUGAAACUACGAAGUUACUGGCUCGGGCCGUCACUGCCUGUCCUCCCAAAGUCUUUGUCACAAUAUCUGGCGUCGCUUAUUAUCCACCCGACAAAAAGGAAUACAACGAAGAAAGCAUCUGCAACAAGUACGAUUUUUUAUCAGAACUCUGUCACGAGUGGGAAGACGCGGCUAAACUGCCAAAGGACCUAAACGUGCGACAGGCCAUAAUUCGAUCAGGUGUCGUGCUCGGUAGAACGGGAGGAAUGAUCAAGCAGAUAUUUAUCCCGUUUUACGUAGGACUAGGUGGUCCCAUUGGCAGUGGAAAGCAGCCCAUGCCUUGGAUACACAUCGAUGAUAUUUCUAACAUUUUCGUAAAUGUUGUGGAAAACGAUAAUGUAUCCGGUAUAUUCAAUGGAGUUGCGCCUCAGGUUGUGACCAACAAAGAAUUCACAGACGCUUUUGCUUCUGCACUUUGGAGGCCGGCUAAAAUCCCAGUUCCUGAAUUUGCUCUAGCGCUUGCAUUUAACAGAGAAAGGGCGAAGAUCAUGACGGAAGGACAAAAAGUUAUCCCAAAACGGGUCUUGGAGUCGGGAUUCAAAUACAAGUAUCCAACGAUCGAUUUGGCCUGCAAUGAUAUUGCAAAAUGGUGAUGAAGCACUCGGCAGUUCUGACCGAAGGAAUAUCGAAUCGAAUUAUCAGUCAUAAAGUGCUAGCAUAGUCUGUGGAAGAAUUUCGAUGUUCCAGUCAUCUUUGUAUUUAUAGAAGCAUUCUUUGUUUUGAUAGAAAUGCAAAAUAUACGCAUAUAUAAUCACCUGUUACGAAGAUCUUAUGUCAGUUGUGAAAAUUUGAAACAGGUUUGCUUACGGAACACAUUAUAUCACAGUCAGUUACUUAUCUUUACAAUUAAAAUUCUGGCAGAGAA